AUGUCGACGAAUCGGCCCUUUCUAGCAAACUUCCUCGCCGCGUUUCGCGCGCAGUCCGCGUUCAAGGCAUCGUCCGCGGGCUCGCCAUCGUCGUCAUCGCUCUCUUCGUCGCAAAUAUCAUCGGGCACGCGAACAAUAGCCACAGCCACAGCCACGGCGACCAAGGGGAAUAAUAACCAUCACCACAAUCACCAGCAAAACCAUACCAACAACAACGCUGCGAACAACACAUCAUCGACAACCAAUACAUCACACCAUCACCACAACCACAACCACCACCAACACCCGGCUACUCGCCAACACUCACACACUCGCUCUGACAACAACAACAACAACAACAACAACAACAACAACACUCCUACAAGCACAUCCCCACAACCACCAUCCUCACCCCAUUCAGGGCCCAUCCCCAUCGUCUACAACAACCACGACCAACACCGGCGCGGCCGCCGCGGCAGUGAUAGCUCUAGCGGCUCCGGCGGAUUCCGCGAUGCUUUGGGCCAUGAGAAAUGGUACAUUGGCGGACGCACCGCCACGGGUGAGGAGCGGUUUUAUCGAUUGGGCAUGGUGACCAAGGGAGGAGGCCGGUUGGGUGCGAGCGGACGGGUUGGAAGUGUUGACCAGCUCAGUUUGUAG